AUGGCGGUCGACGACGACCACCUGGCGCCUUGGGGCGGAUCUUGCUUUCUCUUUUUGGGACGGGUCUUGCUUCCAGCGACUUCCUCUGGUGGGCUUUUAUCCUGGGGCGCGGCCACGCGCCAGCCACAGCUCCGGCUAUGUCCUUGCUGGCUCCGCCGCGCCACGCCGUCACGCCCCCGCGCCUUCCACGACUCCGACUGCGCCCAGUCUCCGUCGCUCAACGUCACUAGGUCGCCAGGGCUGCUUGCCGAUCGCUCCGCCGCUUCGCUCGCCAACCGCUCCGUUGCAUACUGUGACAAUGCAAAGGGGCUGAAAGCCUUCUAUGAUGCAAUAAAAUACGGACCGACACACCUCAUGGUUUUUGGUGGAGUCUGUACAACUGUAACAUCCAUUAUUGCGGAAUCGCUAAUAGGAUGGAAUUUGGUCCAGCUCUCCUUUGCAGCGACUACACCAGAGUUAGCUGAUAAGAAAAAGUAUCCUUAUUUCUUCCGGACUGUGCCAUCCGAUAAUGCUGUGAACCCUGCAAUUUUGAAGUUGCUGAAACAUUAUCAGUGGAAAAGGGUGGGAACCCUGACUCAAGACAUACGGAGAUUUUCCGAGGUAAGAUCAGAUGUUUUCUUCCCAGCCAGGUCUGUCGUCCGUGACCCCUUUGUCUGCGGCGUGUUCCCCUCAAAGGCAUAUAAUGAAAAUAUGUAUGGCAGUAAGUACCAGUGGAUCAUUCCUGGGUGGUAUCAGAGUUACUGGUGGGAACACGUUAUUCCAAAGCUCAAUACAUCACACUGUCUCAGCAGAGACCUCCUCAAAGCCAUGGAAGGUUACAUUGGAGUGGAUUUCGAACCUCUCAGUUCCAAAGCAAUAAAGACCAUUUCAGGAAAGACUCCACAGCAGUAUGAAAAUGAAUACAAUGAAAGGCGGGGAACUGUUGAGUCAAGUAAGUUCCAUGGCUUUGCUUAUGAUGGAAUUUGGGUAAUUGCUAAGACUCUGCAGCGAGCUAUGAAGUAUCUCAAUGCCACCAACAAAAACCAAAAAAUCGAGGACUUCAACUACACCAACAAAGAGCUUGGGAAAAUUUUUCUGGAUGCAAUGAAUGAGACAAACUUUUUCGGUGUCACGGGUCAAGUUGUAUUCAGAAAUGGAGAGAGGAUGGGGACCAUCAAAUUUACACAGUUUCAAGACAAGCGGGAAGUGAAGGUGGGAGAAUAUAAUGCUGUAGCCGAUACGCUGGAAAUCAUCAACAACUCCAUCAAGUUCCAAGGAAUAGAAGCCCCAAAGGACAGAACGAUUGUCCAGAGUCAACUCCGCAAGAUCUCCUUGCCUCUCUACAGUAUUCUUUCAGCGCUCACCAUCCUGGGAAUGAUCAUGGCCAGUGCCUUUUUGUUCUUCAACAUCAAAAACCGAAAUCAGAAAUUGAUCAAGAUGUCCAGUCCCUACAUGAACAAUCUCAUUAUUCUCGGGGGGAUGCUCUCCUAUGCAUCUAUAUUCCUUUUUGGCCUUGAUGGAUCCUUUGUCUCUGAAAAGACUUUUGAAACACUUUGCACCGUCCGGACAUGGAUACUUACGGUGGGCUACACAACUGCAUUUGGAGCAAUGUUUGCAAAAACGUGGAGAGUCCAUGCUAUUUUCAAAAAUGUAAAAAUGAAGAAAAAGAUCAUUAAGGACCAGAAGCUACUAGUGAUAGUUGGUGGGAUGCUGCUGAUAGAUCUUUGCAUCUUGAUUUGCUGGCAGGUUGUGGAUCCCUUGAGGAGGACAGAGGAGAAAUACAACAUGGAGGGUGGCAACUCUGUCUACACCGCAAUGGAUUUCAAGGUGAUUAAGAAACCGAGGCCCUUUGCUUGA